CGACAACAUUCACCUGCUGCACACAGGGCCCUCCUCCUCCUCCUGCGAGCCCCAGCACAGCGCAGCUCGCGCCGCCCGCUGUCGUCGCCAUGGCCGCCGUCCUGCCGUUCCGCGACAUCAACGUCCACUCCUCGCCCUCGCACUACGCCUUCUCGUCGCCGUCCUCGCCCGCCGCGCCGACGCUGGUGGUAGACCGCCCCUCCGGCGACCUCCGUCUCCAUGACGGCAAGCUGCUCGGGUCCAAGAGGGUGUCCAGCAUUGCGGGCAUCCUCGGCAUCAUCAAGCUGCGCCUAGAUAAAUACAUAAUCGUAAUCACCAAGGCACAGCCCAUGGGCCGCAUAAAGGGCCACAUGAUAUACAAAGUCGUCUCGACCGAGUUCCUGCCGUUGCGCGACCGCCCGCUGCACGACCCCGACGAGGACAACUACCUCGCCCUCCUCAAGAACCUCCUCAAGACCGCCCCGCUAUACUUCUCGUACUCGUUCGACAUCACCAACAGCUUCCAGCGCCAGGCACAUGCCGACCAUUCGGUCCCGCUGUGGAAAAGGACAGACGACCGCUUCUUCUGGAACCGCUUCGUCCAGAGCGACCUGAUCGACUUCCGUGCCGGGCUCAGCACCGGAUAUGGACACAGGCACUCCAGCGGACAGCAGCCCGAAGUGGACCCGUACAUCUUGCCCGUCAUGUACGGGAUGAUGGAGAUCACGAGCACGUCAAUCAAGGGCACCCCGCUCACCUUCAUCCUCGUCACCCGCAGGUCAAGGCACCGAGCCGGGACGCGCUACUUCUCCAGAGGCAUCGACGAGAACGGCAACGUUUCCAAUUUCAAUGAGACGGAGCAGACCGUCAUCCUCAAUGAUCAUGCCUCGGGCGCGCCGGGCGGAUAUGGACCAAAUAUGAACGGGAGCGUGGGGGGCAGUGCCGGGAAGGAGGUGCAGGUGCUUGCCUAUGUGCAAACGCGAGGAAGCGUGCCUGUCUACUGGGCCGAGAUUAACACACUCCAGUACACGCCCAGGCUUCAGGUGCGUGGUGUCGAAAGCGCCAUACCGGCCGCAAAGAAGCACUUCGCCGAGCAGAUACGCCUGUAUGGAGACAAUUGGCUCGUCAACCUCGUCAAUGCAAAAGGCCGGGAGCAGAAAGUCAAAGAGGCGUACGAGCAGAUGGUCAACUACCUCGCCACCUCGCCCGCCGAGGACGUCCAGGGCGACAAGGUCACGUCGGAGAAGUUCCACAUCGUAGAGCCGCAGCAAGCGCAGACGUCCUAUGACCGGCUUCACUACAUCUACUUCGACUUUCACAAUGAGACAAAGGGCCUGCGGUGGGAUCGCGCCAAGCUUCUGAUGAACCAGCUCGAACCGCACAUCCUCAAGCACGGAUAUUUCCGGGGAGUCGAUAUGCCCGGGGACACGGGCCUCGUCGAAGUCAGGCGCCAUCAGACGGCCGUCGUUCGCACAAACUGUAUGGACUGCUUGGACCGAACCAACGUCGUGCAAAGCAUGCUGGGCCGCUACAUUCUCUCUCGCAUGCUGAUCGAUCUUGGCAUCCUCCGCGAGGGCGAGAGUGCAGAAGACGACCAAGCCUUUGAGUUUCUCUUCCGCAACGUAUGGGCCGACAACGCCGACGUCGUCUCCAAAUCUUAUUCCGGCACCGGUGCGCUGAAGACCGAUUUCACUCGUCUCGGCAUCAGAACCAAGCAGGGCGCAGUCCAGGACUUCAACAACUCGGCCACACGCUACUUCAUGAACAACUUUGCUGACGGGCCGAGGCAGGAUGCGUUCGACCUCUUCCUGGGCACCUACCUGCCUGACGAUUCGGGCAUUGGACACCAGCUACUCUUCGCAGACCGACGACCGCUCUUCAUCCAGGCCAUACCGUACAUCAUGGCAGCCAGUAUCUUCUUUAUUUUUGUCGGUAGCUUCACGCGGCGCUCACCGGACGCCACGGUGUGGCCUUUGCGGCUGCUCCUGUUUAUUUGCUUGGCCGUCGCAGCUGCGUCUUUCAACUUUAUCUGGACGAACGGCACGCUAUACGUCAACUGGCCGAAGCUGAAUCGUCUCCCGCACGCGGUGGAGUCGUAUACAGAGACCCUGUCGAAGGUAUCGCAUAACCCUGUAGUAGGACCGCUUGUUGGGACGAGGCACGAGCGUGGGAAAAGCGAUGCGCGGUUACUGGGCUUGGAAGAAGGCAAGAAGAGGAUAGAAUAGAGAGGCUAUGGCUAGCCCGCC